AUGGCGCUGGUAGCAUAUUCUGACUCCGAGGCUUCCGAUAAUGAGCCGGAGUCUACCCCGACACUGUCGGCCGACCAAACCAAAAAGCCUGACUCGGGAUUCCGAGUCGAUCGCAGCAACCCGCGCAAGAUUCGCGUCGCUCUUCCGGAGCUCAAACCCGAGCCCUCAGCCGAUCAGAACACCGACGAUGGGCCUGCACGUAAGAAAGCACGAGUGGGACCAGGCGCUGGAGGCGCCUUUGCGGGAUUUAAUGCGCUACUCCCUACCCCGAAACGAACGGCCGAGAAGAAGCCACCGGCGGCGUCGACACGGAAGGUGUUCUCGUUGAAGACAGGGGCCACGCCUGGCUUUGACCGAAAUGCCGAUGCGGAAAUGAAACAUGAUCAAGCGUUUGAUGAUACCGCCGACGACACACUCCCUGCGGCCGGAAGUCUGGAGACCUCGACGACCCAAGCCGACAGCACACCAGACCAGAAAAAGACAGAGCCAGGAGAGGUCAAGCUCCAGGGUAAUCCGAUGAUGUUUCGGCCACUGUCUGUGGCACGGAACCAGAAGAAGCAAAGGCGCAAAACAACGACACAACCUACUCCCUCUCCAUCGGCAGCACCAACCGCUCAACCGCCGCAGCCUGCCGCAACGACGCCAGCGCCCUCCACACAAACUGGCGCAAGUGCAGCGCCUGCACCACCAAAACCGAAAGUUAGCCUCUUCUCCCUUGGUUCGGCAGAGAAGACUGCCCAGACAGGCAACACCCCUGCACUCUCGACCACCUAUGAACCACUUGUCUACAAUACCGAAGAGGAUGGCCCAUCUGCAGGGCCAACCCCAGCACCCGAAGCAAUUUCUACCGCACUAGGUAGUGUCUCCGCGGGAUUGUCAUCCAACUCCACAUCACUGGAUACAAUUGCUGACGACCUCAACUUGUCACGUUCCGAGCGACGCCAACUCUUUGGCCGACAUGCCCCGCCUACGUCGUCUCAGGUGCGCACCUUCAACACGGAUGAAGAAUAUGCAUCAAACCAGGUGCUAGCCCAGGGUGAGCUCGCCGCAGCACAGCACAACCCCGUACGGGCCAUUGCCCCCGGAAAGCAUACGCUCCAGCAGCUAGUCAAUGCUGCGAGCUCGCAGCGCGAGGCCUUGGAGGAGAGCUUUGCUUCAGGAAGAAGGAACAAAAGAGAAGCAGGCGCCAGAUAUGGAUGGUAG